AUAUUAACAACGCCGAGCAUUAUUUUUGAUACAUGUGUGACAUGUGAGGUUGACCGGAGCAAGUGUUUGAAGAUGUCUAUUCGUAAGCUUUGCACAAACAGAUUCAUCCGCCCGCUGGAUAAAACAUUUUGCAGAUAUUAUUGUCAAAGAAAGCUGACAAAUGCAGAAAUCAGAAAGAAAAGAAAUGCCCUGUUUGAGGAAGAAAAGGCGCGACAGUUUUCUCUGGUGACCCGGAUUGAGAAGAUAGAAGUGAAAUAUGAAGGUCAUCCCGAACCAUGCACUCUCAUCAUGAAUAAAGGACUAUCAACCCCAUAUCACUGUACCAUGCACAUGCAAGAGCUGCUUAUGAAUCGGACAGUGGUGGCGAAAGUCAAUGGUAAAUUGUGGGAUAUGCAUCGCCCUCUUGAGGAAGAUUGUUCAUUAGAACUGCGACACUUUCUGGAGGCCACUCCUUUUGAUAGUAACAAUACAUUUUGGCGCUCAAUGUCAUUUGUAUUAGGUCACAUUUUAGAGACAGGCUUCAAGGACAAUAUCAGAGUGGAUCUGUGUUCAUUUCCUCGUCCUAAUGUUAAUAGUGGAAGUUUUGUGUACGAUGCAAAUCUCGGCACCGCAACUACAGACUACACAAUAAACGAGAGUGUAUUAAGGGGCUUGAGCGCUAUCGGAUAUCGACUGAGUGCACAAAACCUACCAUUUGAACCUCUGUACUUGGAUUUAUCUGUUGCUGAGAAGAUGUUCGAGGAUAAUCCAUACAAGUCUCAGCAGCUUGUUGCUAUAGCGUCACAGUCAGAAAGCAAAUCAAAAGUGAAAGUGUAUCGAAUGGGUGACCACAUCGACAUGAGCAAUGGACCUCUGAUGUCAUCCACCUCCCACAUCUCAUCCUUCAGGGUCACAGGGGUUCAUCCCAUCACAACAGGCUAUGGUCAGAUGCACCGAGUCCAGGGAUUGGCUAUACCUAGUGGUCUUAAGCUACAUUACUGGGCAUUUGAUCAACUUGCAGAACGAGCUGCCAAACUGAAUAUGGAUGCUGUGCUUCCAUAUAUUCGUGAAAAGAAGGAGGAAGUGUUAGAAAAACAAUAGAAAGAGUGCUUAUGAUAUUUGUUGUUAAUUUGAAUAUUGAAAUUAUUAAAUUGAUAUGUAUGUAACUAGCAAAA